AUGGCCCGUACGAAGCAAACUGCCCGUAAAUCGACUGGAGGCAAGGCCCCGCGCAAGCAGCUGGCCACCAAGGCUGCUCGCAAGAGUGCUCCGGCCACCGGAGGUGUGAAGAAGCCGCAUCGCUACCGUCCGGGAACCGUAGCCCUGCGUGAAAUCCGUCGCUACCAGAAGUCGACCGAGCUGCUCAUCCGCAAGCUGCCCUUCCAGCGUCUGGUUCGUGAGAUCGCUCAGGACUUCAAGACCGAUCUGCGCUUCCAGAGCUCGGCUGUGAUGGCCCUGCAGGAAGCCAGCGAGGCCUACCUUGUCGGCCUGUUCGAGGAUACCAAUCUGUGUGCCAUUCACGCGAAACGCGUCACCAUCAUGCCGAAAGACAUCCAGCUGGCUCGUCGUAUCCGUGGAGAGCGCGCCGGAGGAAAAGUGAAGGGAAAGGCAAAGUCCCGCUCGAACCGUGCCGGUCUACAGUUCCCGGUUGGCCGUAUCCACCGUCUGCUGCGCAAAGGCAACUAUGCCGAGCGCGUCGGUGCUGGUGCACCAGUGUAUCUGGCUGCCGUGAUGGAGUACUUGGCCGCUGAAGUGUUGGAGCUGGCAGGAAACGCUGCGCGAGACAACAAGAAGACCCGCAUCAUCCCGCGUCAUCUGCAGCUGGCCAUCCGCAACGACGAGGAAUUGAACAAACUGUUGUCCGGUGUGACCAUCGCCCAGGGCGGUGUGCUGCCCAACAUUCAGGCCGUGCUGUUGCCGAAGAAGACCGAAAAGAAGUUGACCUUCGCUAUCUACGAGGAACGAAAGGGAAGAGAAGAAAGCGUCAAUCUUUCUCCGCGUGAAACAAGCGACGGCGUGUUGGAAAAUCCUAACCUCAGGUUGGUUGAGGUUACGAAACGCUUGGCGGAAGGCUUCAACCUGCACUCACGGAAUACAACCGACAGCGUGGCGGCAAAUUCUAACCUCACUCUUGCUAAGGGAUCCGACAGUAUGGCAAACAGGCUAGCCAUAAUGAAGCGACGGCAAGAAGCGGAGAAGAAACGGGUGGAACUGGAGUUGCAGCUGCGGUUCGUGAAGGAAGAGGAGCAGAUUUUGGCUGAGGAACUGGGCGUGCAAGUGACCGCUGAGACAUCGACAGUGAUACCAUCCUGUGCGGAGGGUGGUUCGAUGGAACGUGUGAGACGUGAGGAGCGCGGUUAUGCCCAGCAGGAGGUGAAUGUGCAUCGCAACAUACCAACCGAAUUACCCGUGUUUGCCGGGGACCCGGCGGACUGGCCAAUAUUCAUCGCGCAUUAUGAGUAUACUACGGAUAAAUUCGGCUUUUCCAACUGGGAAAAUAUGUUGCGUUUGCAAAAGGCGCUGAAGGGUCCCGCUCUAGAGGCAGUGCGUAGCCGUUUACUUUUGCCGGAAGUGGUACCGCAAGUGAUAGCAACGCUGCGCUCACGUUAUGGUCGGCCAACGCAUCUCAUCUCGGCGUUAAUCGAGAAACUGCGUAGGAUGGCUGCACCCUGCAUGGAGAAGCCCGACACCAUCGUGGCGUUCGGUGAAGCGGUGCAAAGCAUGGUGGACCAUAUGAAGGCCGCUGGACGAGAGGCGCAUCUGACUAACCCGUUGCUGCUACAGGAGAUCGUGGACAAGCUACCGAUGACCGAGAAAUAUAAUUGGGUGCGAUUUGUACGGCACAUCGACGAACCAGACCUCCGGAUGUUUGCAGAGUACAUGGCCGAGUUGCAGAGCGCUGCGGAGACGUUAACCAACCGGGAGUUACCAUCGUGGAAGGCGGCGGAAGGGAAGAAGCCCAGCACCAAGGCUUAUGUGCACGCACAUGUCGAUCAUCAGGAAUCAACAACAUCUGGGAAUAACUCAACGCAGGUAGGGAAAUCAUUGCGUUGUUUUAUUUGCGAUAAAAGGGGACACGAUGUGGGAAAAUGUUUUGAGUUUGUAGCAAUGUCGGUUAAGGAACGGUGGAAUAAGGCUCGUGCACAUUCUUUGUGCUUCGGCUGCCUGGGCAAGCACAACUGGCGGACGUGCCGCAACAGGCCAGUGUGUGGCAAAGAAGGGUGUACGUACCGACAUCAUGCGUUGCUGCACGGAGUGGAGGAGUCUCGGCGAGUCAGCAAUGAGAUCGGCGCUUCGGAACCCGGGGUUGGAAGGAACAAUGGUGGUGCUAUUGCGGAAAGCAACCAUCAUCAGUACGCAUCGUCUUCGUCGAAGGCACUCUUCCGGAUUGUGCCUGUCACCAUGUAUGGUCCGGCUGGAGCGGUGGCAACGUUUGCCUUUUUGGAUGAAGGUUCAUCCAUGACGUUGGUUGACGAGGAUUUGGCAGAGAAAUUAGGUGUCAAGGGUGUGGUGGAGCCUCUUUGCAUUCGUUGGACCGGCAAUACAACAAGGGUCGAGGCUGGGUCCAGACGCGUAAAUCUCGAGGUGGGUCCGAUUGGUUCUACAAGGCGUUUUGCGGUCAAUUCGGUACGUACGGUUCCAGCCAUGAACCUACCGCGGCAAUCCUUCGUACAGGACGAAGGGAGGUGGGAACAUCUGAAGCAGCUGCCGAUACAGGAAUAUAAGGAUGCGGAACCCAAGAUGCUUAUUGGGUUGGACAACCUGAGGCUGACGGUUCCCCUCAAGACGGUAGAGGGCGGAGAUGGUGAUCCAAUCGCAGUCAAAACGCGUUUAGGAUGGUGUAUCUACGGGAAGCCGACGAACCAGGGGGGUGAUAGACUACUGCACAUCUGCGAGUGCAAUAGCCCAAACAAUCUUCAAGACGCGAUUGGCAAAUUCUACGAACUGGAGCAAAUGGGGGUGGCGUACACGGUUCAGGAUGACCCGGAUACCCAACGUGCUCAACAUCUAUUGGAGGUUACCACGGUUCGUGUUGGAAGACGUUUCGAGUCGGGUUUAUUGUGGAAGGUGGAUCAUUCAGAGCUUCCUUCAAGCCUCGCUAUGGCGAAACGUAGGUUCGAUUGUUUGGAGAAAAGGAUGGAACGAGAUGGUCAGCUCAAGCUGCAGGUACACCGUCAGAUUCGCGAGCUGCUGGACAAACAGUAUGUGCACAAGGCAACGAAACAGGAACUGUCGGAGGCUAACCCGAAACGAAUUUGGUAUUUACCAAUAGGAGUGGUUACUAACCCAAACAAACCUGGAAAGGUGCGUUUGAUUUGGGACGCUGCAGCUAAGGCACAUGGCACAUCACUUAACGACAUGCUGCUUAAGGGUCCUGACGAGGUUAUGUCUUUACUUGGAGUACUAUUCCGUUUUCGUCUGUAUGCAGUGGCGGUGUGUGCAGACGUAAAGGAGAUGUUUCUACAGAUAAGAGUGCGGAGAGAGGACAAGCAUGCACAGCGCUUCUUAUGGCGGUACAAUCCUUCGGACGAGCUGGAUACCUACAUCGUGGACGUUGUGACAUUUGGCUCUACAUGUUCACCCGCGACAGCGCAGUAUGUCAAGAACCGGAACGCGAAAGAGCAUGCCGAGAAAUUCCCACGUGCGGUUGAGGGAAUCCUUGAGAGCACAUAUGUGGACGAUUUCUUAGACAGCUUUGGGACGACGGAGGAAGCGUGUCGAGUGUCUAACGAGGUCCGGAAAGUAUUCAGCAAUGGCGGAUUCGAGCUAAGGAAUUGGAGCUCGAAUAGUGCAGAGGUAAUUAAACACCUCGGUGAGCAGAACAGCGGAAACAUCAAAUAUUUAUCAACCAUGGGGGAUGAUAUCGAACGCGUAUUAGGAAUGCGUUGGCAUCCUGCAUCCGAUACAUUGGGAUUCUGCACACGGGCGUGUACGGUGAUAGCUGACUUCCUAAAGGCAGAGCGGAUUCCAACGAAGAGAGAGGUAUUACGAUGUGUGAUGUCAUUGUAUGAUCCUCUUGGGUUGUUGGCGAUAUUCGUGAUUCACGGCAAAAUCCUGAUACAAGAUCUAUGGCGAACCGGCACGCAGUGGGAUGAAGAAAUAAAUGGCAUCCAAUACAGCGAAUGGCGCAGAUGGAUAGAACUUCUCCCAACGAUUGGCGACAUACGCAUUCCGCGUUGUUACUUUACCGAAGCAUCGAAGAAAACGUACGAGAAUGCCGAAUGGCAUGUGUUCGUCGAUGCCAGCCAGCACGCAUAUGCAUGCGCUCUUUAUCUUCGCACGAUCGAUGAGUCCGGUGAACCGCAGUGCACCCUGGUUGGAGGAAAGGCUAAGGUGGCGCCAUUAAAGCCCCUUACGAUACCGAAGCUAGAACUCCAAGGUUGCGUGUUAGGCGCACGGUUCUUGCGCUACACGCAGGAACACCAUCCAAUUCGUGUGACACGACGAGUGCUCUGGACUGAUAGCACGGUCGCUCUGUCAUGGAUAAGAGCGGAUCCCCGAAACUACAAACCCUUCGUUGCCCAUAGAGUAGUCGAGAUUCUGGAGAGCACGGCAGUGGAUGAGUGGCGAUGGGUGCCGACAGACCACAACCCAGCGGAUGAGGCAACGAAGUGGAAGGGUAGGCCGAACUUCGACUACGACGGAAUCUGGUUUAAAGGGCCGGAAUUCUUGCUGAACGGAGAGGACGACUGGCCGCAACAAAGAUCGACCGACACAGGCACGGGAGAAGAAAUACGGCGGGUAAAUCUUCACACCGAGGGCCCUGAUACCAGACUGUUACUCAUACCUUAUGAACGGUUUAGCAGGCUGGAGAGACUGCAACGGACAAUUGGGUGGCUUGUGCGUUAUGUAGGCAACCUGGACAAGAAGAGGAGAAGCGAGUCAGUUCUGGGAGGAGUUCUCAGCCACGAGGAACUCUAUAAGGCUAACAUCAUCUUGUGGAAACAGACCCAGUGGACAUUCUACUCGGAGGAAAUUCGUGUCCUGAGCACCCAAAAUGGCGAUGAAGUACCCCGCGGGACGGUAGCUAAACAAAGCCGUAUAUACAAGCUAUUGCCAUUUCUGGAUGAAGAAGGCGUUUUACGGAUGCGAGGAAGAAUAGGAGAAGCGGCGGAAGUACCCUAUUCCGCAAAGUAUCCAGUAAUUCUACCGGGGAACUCUAAAUUGGCUGAGCUAAUAGUGGAGCGUUAUCAUCGAGUCUAUCGCCACGCCAAUAACGAAACAGUAGUGAACGAGGUACGACAACAGUUCCAGAUCCCGAGGCUGCGAGCGUUGGUUGCGAAAACGGUGAGGAAUUGUGUGUUCUGUGCAAUCCGGCGGGCACUACCACAAGUACCACCAAUGGCACCGCUACCAAAGGAGAGACUGGCACCGUUCGUCCGGGCGUUUACCUUCGUUGGACUCGACUACUUUGGCCCGGUAUUGGUAAAGAGAGGAAGGUCGAAUGAAAAGAGAUGGGUUGCCGUAUUCACCUGUUUGACCAUACGAGCGAUCCAUUUGGAGGUAGUGCAUAGCCUAGCGACAGAAUCAUGCAUAAUGGCGGUCAGGCGAUUCGUGGCGAGGCGAGGUGCACCGAUAGAAAUCUUCAGUGACAACGGGACCAACUUCGUGGGCGCUAGCAGACAACUUCGGAAAGAAAUCGAGCAGCGUAAUGAAAUCCUGGCAACGACUUUCACCAAUGAACACACCCGUUGGAACUUCAACCCGCCUGGUGCUCCCCAUAUGGGAGGCGCAUGGGAGCGUAUGGUGCGCUCAGUGAAGGCUGCGAUCAGCACGGUAAUGGAGGUGAGGAAUUUACCGAAUGACGAGACAUUCGAGACCAUAUUGUACGAUGCUGAGGCCAUGAUCAACUCUAGACCGUUGACGUACGUACCGUUAGAUCCGGAGAACCGAGAGUCGAUUACACCAAAUCACUUCCUGUUGGGAAGUUCUUCGGGAGUUAAACAACGGCCGACACGUUCACGUUCACGUUCCGCUACUCUCAACCAAUAGUGUGAAAUGGCCCGUACGAAGCAAACUGCCCGUAAAUCGACUGGAGGCAAGGCCCCGCGCAAGCAGCUGGCCACCAAGGCUGCUCGCAAGAGUGCUCCGGCCACCGGAGGUGUGAAGAAGCCGCAUCGCUACCGUCCGGGAACCGUAGCCCUGCGUGAAAUCCGUCGCUACCAGAAGUCGACCGAGCUGCUCAUCCGCAAGCUGCCCUUCCAGCGUCUGGUUCGUGAGAUCGCUCAGGACUUCAAGACCGAUCUGCGCUUCCAGAGCUCGGCUGUGAUGGCCCUGCAGGAAGCCAGCGAGGCCUACCUUGUCGGCCUGUUCGAGGAUACCAAUCUGUGUGCCAUUCACGCGAAACGCGUCACCAUCAUGCCGAAAGACAUCCAGCUGGCUCGUCGUAUCCGUGGAGAGCGCGCCUAA